CAUCUGCCCUCCUCCCUCGUCGCUGCCGGUGCUUCCUGGCGUGCCGGCCAUGUCUGCGCUCGGCUUCCUCGUCACUGGGCUGUAUCUGCUCUCUCUGGUCUAUCUCAUUGCGCUGCUGCUCUUUGGCCACACCGAGUGCUUCAACAACUCGGUCCUGGGCAAGUUCCAGCGAUUCUGGACGCUGACGGUGCCCCCUGUUUUGAUCCGCAUCUCGAAGCGCAUCGUUGGAGAGCGCAUCGUCGAGGGAUAUCUCAAAUACUACGAUGCCCUGACCAAUUCUCGACAUCCUCUGGUUCAGAUAUUCUACCUGCUGCUGGUGACGGUCUGCGCCGGUGUGUUCUUUAGAGAUGGAUAUCACCGAAUCCCAAACCAGUUCCUCUCUCCCAUCCACAGGAUCACACUGCCCCUGGCUCUUUUCUUUGUCUACGGGUCAUACUACGCCAUCUGCAACAGCGACCCUGGCACGUUGACAAAGCGCAACAUCGAACAGGCCAAGCGGAUGUAUGACUAUGACUUUGUCCUGUUCACGCCAAAGGAAUGCAGCACCUGCCAGCUGGACAAGCCCGCACGCUCAAAACACUGCCCGCUGUGCAAUAAAUGCGUGGCUCGAAUGGACCACCACUGCGCCUGGGUCAACAACUGCAUCGGUCAAGCCAACCAGAACUGGUUUCUGCUCUUCCUUCUCGCGACAACCCUCAUUUCGCUCUAUGGAUCGUAUCUGAGUUUUCAAAUCCUACGCGCCGAGUACGUCGGGAAGCGGCUUCAUCAGCUGUAUGUUGUCGACAGAGUGACUCGACAAAGCCGUCCCUUGGUAUGGUGGGAAGGAUGUUUGUAUAUCACGCGCAAGGAUCCCGCUAUCGGCAUUCUGUUCAUCUUUACGUUGCUGGCUGCCGUCGUAGUCAUUGGAUUCAUGGGAUACCAGCUCUCGCUCAUCUUCCGCGGCACGACCACGAACGAGAGUUUCAAAUGGAGCGACCUGGACUAUGCCAUCCGCCAGCGAGAGGUAACGUCCAUCGACCGUGACGUCUAUGAAUACAACCGCCGCUACGACUGGCGGAAGCGCGGACAGUACUUUGACGAACACGGCGACCUGAAGCUCGAGGUUGUCGGCCACCUCCACCCAGCCGAGACCGACCCGGCCCCCAAUACCCUGAGGCGCCGACACACAACUGGCAGGCAGUCACCAGAGCAACCCGAUUCUGCCGAGACCCUGGAUCCCGACAACGAUUCCGAGGAUGUUAGUGGUACCUUUGGCCGCGGAGAGAUGGUCGAGAUCACCAAGGUAUCGCAGUUCCGCAACAUAUACGACCGCGGGCCGUGGCAGAAUCUCAUGGAAGUGUUGCAUCCCGAGUCGCUGUGAGAAGAUCGCCGAGAGUCCAUUUCUGUAUCCUCAAUCGCCGCACGACGCUGACGAGAGCCACCAUCGUAGCGAGCGCCUAUUGCCCAAAGACUCGCGGCACCGAUGCGUCUGGACUGGGCCCGGCUGCCCUUGCUCCCCACCUCUGCUCUGGUCCGUGCCUUCCAGUCGCGCCAUUUCUCCAUGCGAUGCACGAUAUUUACGACAACACGAGAU